AUGUAUAGAUUUGAUAAUGCAUUAUUUACUUUUCCUGUCACUAGAAAGCACUUUUUCUCUGAUAAAGUGUAUUAGCUAUACUUGUUUAAUGAUGAAUUCAUUAUGACUGAUAACUAGGCAAAAAAAGCAAAAUAUGAGAUCAAAUUGAAUAUGACAACUACUUUAAAUUGGAUAGUGAGUGAUAAGAAAAUAUAAGCUUUUGAAAUAUCUUACAAUAAUAAAAUGAAGGCAUUUAAUGCUUCUCCAAAUAAGUUAUAAUUGUUAAGAGAGAUGAUUGCUGGUCGAGUAUUUUAUUCUGGAAUCUAAACCUUCUAUGAAAUUCAAAUGAGAGUUGGUUAUGGAAUGAUUGGAGAAGUCUAUAGAGCCGUAUCUUAAAAUGGAGACUAUGUUGCCAUUAAAAAGUGUGACAAAUAGAAAUUGGCAUCACUUUAAGGAGGAAUUCCUUAAUUGAUCUAAGAAUUAUAGCUCCUACAAUAACUUUCACAUAUAAAUAUUUUAAAACUUAAAGAAGUCUAUUCUGAUCAAUAAUUUUAUUACAUCGUUACUGAGUUUGUUGAUGGAAGAACAUUGCAUACUGAAUUAUUGUCAAGGCCAGCAGGUUUAAGUAUCAUUCAGACAUUAAAAGUCAUGUUUUAAAUUUUAAGUGCUCUUAUUUAUAUUCAUUCAAAAGGAAUUAUGCAUAGAGAUAUAAAUCCACAUAAUAUAAUGAUUUCAGAAAAUAUAAAAUUAAUUGAUUUUGGGUUGGCUCGAAAGAUUAAAAAUUAAUUAUUAUUUCCUACUGCAGGGACACCAGGUUAUAUAGCUCCUGAAAUAAUUAACUAUAAAUAAGAAAAACCGUAUGAUGAGAAAGCAGAUAUUUAUAGUUUAGGAUGCAUGUUAUAUAAAAUGUUGUCUGGUGAAAAUGUAUUUCAUAGAUAAAAAAAUAUAUUUUAAGAAAAUAAAGAAGGCAUUUUUGAAUUAAGAAAGAAUCCUUAACAUCCAGAAUGCAGUUCAAACAAGAUGGAUUAAUUAUUUGUUUUGUUGGCUUAUAUGCUUGAAAAUGAUCCAAAUGAAAGACCGAAUGCUUAAUUUUGCAAGUUUUUGUUAAAGGAAAUCGAAAACAACAACCAAUAGAUAGAUAAAUUGAUUCGAAAAUAACAAAUAAUGAGACCCAUUUUUGUAGCUACUGAUGAAACUCCUCUUGAGCGAACUCCUUUAAGUUUUACUAGCAAUAUUAAAGGUAAAUCAAGUGACACACUUAUGAAAAGUGAUGAUAUCACAACUUAAGGACAUAAAAAAUUAAGUAAAAUAGCAAUUAAAAAUGUGUGA